AUGGACAAGUUCAAUUACCUCCGAACCUCAUUGAGGGAUGAUGCGCUUCUUCAAAUCAAUCGAAUCCAGGUAACAGCGAUGAAUUACAGUCUAGCUUGGAGCACCUUGGAGGCAAAAUAUGAAAACCAUAAACUGAUAGCCCAGGAGCAUUUGAAGGCCUUAUUUGCAGCACCUGUGAUGCAAGAAGAAUGUUUCGAAGGAUUAAAUGCACUGUUGUCAACCUUUAAGAUAAACCUGCAACAAUUGGAAAAGUUAGGCCAGAAAACAAAUAAUUGGAGCACUUUGUUGGCAUUUAUGCUCUCUCAAAAAUUGGAUGCAAAAACCUAUCGUCUUUGGGAAACUCACCAUGCUUCCAAAAACGUACCUUCCUACGAAGUCAUGGUUGAGUUUCUAGAGAACCACUGCUCGAUCCUGCAGUCAACGGCUAGUCGUAGUGGCAACGAGCUUCAUCGAAGAGCUACUAUCAGUCACAGUAUAGCAACCUUGGAAAGAUUCUGCCCCAUCUGUCACUACGGACAACACAACACAGAACAAUGUUCCAGAUUCAGCAGGAUGCGAGUAAUCGAUCGAAAGGUUUUGGUGCGCAGGUUAGGACUCUGCUUUAAUUGCUUGACUUCCGGUCAUUUUGUUGCUGAUUGCUCACAAAGAUCCUGUUUGAGGUGUGGACAACACCACCACGUUCUAUUGCACCCGUAUACUCCCAACCAAAAUAGCCAGUUCAAUGUACAGAACUUCUCUGAAGACUCCCGAAGACCUCAACGCGCGGACAGUCGAACAAGAAGGCAACCUUAUACAGAACACGCUCAGUCCCGGAUGAUCAGCAACCAAUCUCCACAAAACAACUCACCACCUCCACAGCAGCCACCUCCCACAAACACUCCCACUCUCAGUCAUCACACUUCUACUCUCCUCAGUACACUACAGAAUAGCCACACCGCCAUCCUAUCUACAGCUAUGGUCAUGCUGUCCGAUUACAAUGGUAAUUCAGUUUUAGCUCGGGCAUUGUUAGACAACGGGUCACAGAUUUCAAUAAUAACCGAGAAUUUAUCGAGAAAGUUGGGAUUUGAGCGUUUUAGAGAAAAUGUUGCCGUGAAAGGUGUUGGAGGAUCAACCAGAAUAUCAAAGGAGUCUGUUCUUGCUAGAGUCGCUUCCCGCACUUCUUCGUUCAGGACCGGAGAGAUAAAAUUCGUCGUGUUGCCUCAAAUAACGAUGAAUUUGCCACAUAAGACAUUCGAUGUCAACACCUGGGAGUUUUCCUCAUCCAUCCGUCUGGCAGAUCCGACGUUCAAUGAAUCCAGCUCAGUCGAUCUGAUCAUAGGAGUCUGCACGUUUUAUGAUUUGUUGUUAGCGGAGCAGAUGAGGAUCACUGACGCUGGCCCUAUUCUACAAAACACUAAGCUGGGAUGGAUAGUGGCAGGAGAGCUUCCGGAAACGCCAGUAGUUACUAGCAGCGGCAUAUCUCCUACACUUGCUUGUAAUGAAGUACUGCCACAGUCGAACGAAGUUUGGGAAUCGGAGUCCACCGGAACGAAAAUAGAAGAGUCAACCAGUGAAUAUGUUUUUGAUCACACUACUACUAAAGUUUUUGACGGAAAAUCGGACGCAUCAUAUUCAGAAAGAUUUUUGUUGAAGCAGUUUCUGAAGGUUUUAACAAAAAACGUGGUUUUCUUUGUGCUUUAUCUUGUAUCGUUUGCUGCUGCCGAGAUGUUUGAUCUUAACAUUUGUUGGAGUCCGUUCAUCGUCUUAGUGAACAUGCUUCUCCAAGAGCUUUGCGAAGUAAAGCUGGUUUGUGAUGAAUCAUGUGAAAUUGGACACUGGUUCUGUAGGGUUAAGAUCAAAUAUUGUAGUCUACGUACUGUCGAUUCAACGAUGGUUCCCUUACUGCAAAAACAUGAUAGAAUGCGGGAUUCAACAGCUUCUCGGAAAGGAUCAACGACCGAUUACAUUACAAAUCCCUAUCCAUAA